GUUCAAAUCAGAUCUUUGAAGAGAGAGAAAUGCUUAUGUAGAGGCUUCUAAAUAGUGUUUGUCACCCACCAAAAUCAAAGGAUGGUGAUCAUGUCAGAUUAUACAACUGUGCCCACCUCAAGCCAGAGCCAUCAAAGGCCUCUUCGGGUCGGAUUCUAUGAUAUUGAGAAGACCUUGGGAAAAGGCAAUUUUGCCGUGGUGAAACUGGCCAGGCACAGAGUAACCAAAACGCAGGUUGCAAUAAAAAUUAUAGACAAAACACGGUUAGAUCCAAGCAAUCUGAAGAAAAUCUAUAGAGAGGUUCAGAUAAUGAAGCUUUUGAAUCACCCCCACAUUAUCAAACUCUAUCAGGUUAUGGAAACAAAAGAUAUGCUUUAUAUAGUAACAGAAUUUGCAAAAAAUGGAGAAAUGUUUGAGCACUUGACUUCUCAUGGGCACCUGAGUGAAAGUGAAGCUCGGAAGAAGUUCUGGCAGAUCCUUUCAGCUGUAGAAUAUUGCCAUAGUCAUCACAUAGUGCACAGAGACCUUAAAACAGAAAACUUGCUGUUAGAUGCUAACAUGAACAUCAAGCUCGCAGAUUUUGGAUUUGGAAAUUUCUACAAAUCUGGUGAACCCCUAUCCACAUGGUGUGGAAGUCCCCCUUACGCGGCUCCAGAAGUUUUUGAAGGAAAAGAAUAUGAAGGUCCUCACCUUGAUAUAUGGAGUCUUGGUGUGGUGCUAUAUGUUCUUGUCUGUGGCUCUCUCCCGUUUGAUGGACCCAAUUUACCAUCUCUGAGACAAAGAGUGCUUGAAGGACGAUUCCGUAUUCCCUACUUCAUGUCCCAAGACUGUGAAACUCUCAUUCGACGGAUGCUGGUUGUGGAUCCCACAAAACGAAUCACCAUUGCCCAGAUAAAGCAGCACAAGUGGAUGCAAGCAGACCUUUCUCUGCAGCAGCAGCAGCAGCCUUUGUCAUUUUGCAUGCAAAACUACAACUCUAACCUGGGAGACUACAAUGAACAAGUCCUUGGGAUCAUGCAUACUCUUGGCAUUGACCGGCAGAGAACCGUUGAGUCUUUACAAAACAGCAGCUACAACCAUUUUGCUGCAAUCUAUUACCUUCUCCUGGAGCGGCUCAAGGAAUACCGAAACAAUCAGUUGUCAAACCGCCCAACAAGCGGCCGACAGCAAAGGCCAAGAAGCUCUGACUUUAGCACCAUCGAACUGCCUCAGGAAGGUCUUGCCAAUGAGACCUUGAGAUCAUCUCUGCUGUACCAGCAGCCUCAGAGUCUGAUUCAUUUGCCCUUGCAGGCAGAAAUGGAUUGUGACAUAAACAACCCACUACAGCCUCUCUUCUUUCCUGUGGAUCCAAACUUCAAUAGCCUUUUUAGGAAUCGCUCGAUCUCACCAAACAGCCUCCUCGAAACUACAAUCAGUGAGGAAGUCAGGCAGGACAAGGAACUGGAAGAGGAGAUCAAAGCCUUCAACCCAGUGCGUCCCUCUAUCAAUACAAGUCGAAGGCACACACUGGCUGAAGUCACCACACAUUUUUAUCAGUGUUCCCCACCAUGUAUAGUCAUUUCCUCUUCCACAAGCAACACAGAAGGAACCAGUUCUGACAGCUGUCUCACUUCGUCAGCAAAUGAUGGCUCUGUGACACUGAGCAACUGUUUGGAAGAUCAGAUGAUGCUUGGUCAUCCAGCUGCAGCCAGAGUUACAUCAUCAUUCCUGACUUCCCAUUCAGAUGCACCGGUAUUGCAGGCUCAGGGCUGCAUAGGUGGUGCUUCUCUGUUGCCUGUCAGCUUUCAAGAAGGAAGGAGAGCAUCUGAUACCUCAUUAACACAGGGCUUGAAGGCGUUUAGACAGCAGCUCCGGAAGAAUGCAAGAGCCAAAGGUUUUCUGGGACUGAACAAAAUCAAAGGGUUUGCUCGCCAGGUGUGCCAGUCCUCCUCUGCUAGGAUCGCACGGAAUGGCAUGGGUCCUUUCCAGCAUUCUCAGCAAAAUGCCUGCAUGUACAGCUGCGGAGGAAGUGGUAGCAGUGGCUGCGGCAGCACGGGUGGAAGCAGCAGAGAGAGCAGGAACUUGCUUGAAGAGGUGCUCCAACAACAGAGAAUGCUCCAGUUACAACAUCACCAGCCAGCCUGUCACCACUCUUCUCAGGUGUCUCAGCCGCACACGGUCCCCUUGUCUGACGCUACCGGCAGCAAAGCGGCCAAUUCCCCACACCUCUCUGACCUGCAGAGUGAGACCUCAUUAGAGGUGGCUUUCCGUAACACCCAGUUCCUUCAGCCUCAUCUUUUUGGGGUUGGUGUGUCUCCAGUCAAUUCAGCUGCUCAUCUUCUAGACACCCGCCUGCACAUCAGCAGCAAUGGGUCUCCCAUUGCCCCCAUGUUUUCUCAGCAGAAUGGCUUUACGGUGCAGUCUCCAAGCUUUGAGGCAGUCACUUUGUUGCAGCAUGGGGACUGUGAAAUGGAGGACCUUACUUCCACACAGAUGGGGAAAUUUGUCCUAGUCAAAUAAGAAAGCUCCCCUGUUCUCUCUAUUCAUGCAUUUCCUUUGGGCAAAAGUGCUGCUGUUGCUGAAACCUGCAGAUGGGUGGUGGCUUUAUUUUACUUCAUUUUGCAACAAUGGAUAAUUCUCAGAAGCAAUAACAUGUUUGAAAUAUGUGAAGAGGCCAUUUGGCUUAAUGAAGCUCCUAACUUUAUAGAACUGAAAAAAAGCAAUACUUACACCUUUUGGCUUCAACUAUUCUUGCACUGAACAAAUAUAGCCAGAAACUGAAAGGAAAGACUUUUUGUGAAGAAAAUACUGAUAGAGGUGGGGGGAGGGGUCAGGGAGAACACUUUUUCUGGUACUGUAUUAACAUUGGGCCAAUACAGCUCUGCUGUUAUGCAAGACUUUAAUGGCCAUCAGCAGUUGUGACAUAGCAGCAAAAGGCUUUUUCUAAGAAGGGACCAGAGGCACCCUAUUCACAAUUAUAUUUGGAUUUGUGAAGAUUAUGAUUACCUCUUUGUAAAAAAACAAACAAAAAACCACCAUACACAAACACACAAAGAAGCUCAUAUUAUGCAUUGAUGAGAAACAAAUGACAAAGUUCUGCAGUUAGUCUUGGCCAUUCAUGUUAAAGGAACAAUACCUCUCUUAAUUUUGCCCCUAGUCAAGCAUUUAUACCUUAACAGAAAACUGUGAACUUCUUGCUUAGUAUCUCAGCUGUAGCAGCUAAGAAUAGUUUGUAAAUUAUUAGGAGCAAUUCAUUUACUUCAUGGAGAUUUCGCUCCUAGGCUAGCAGUUGCUAUUCUUUUUGCCUUUUUUUUCCUGGUGAAAAGACAACACGAAUAUUUUGCAUAUCAGCAUGGGGUUGCUUAUAUAACACUGCAAAAGAGAUGGGAGUAGAAUUGUGAGAGAUGUUGGUGUUGGAAUUUUUUUUUAAAUGUUUUUCUCUUUUCUCCCUAACCCCAUAAAAACCCUAGCAGCUUUGAGGUUGCCUACAGGGUAUGGUAUUUCUCUGUGCUGUGCACAUUUAUUGCCGCUGCUGAUGAGGUUUUAUGCAUUUUGUUAUCAGGGUCCAAACUUAACUGACUCAUUGGGAAAUGUGCAAUAUACAAAGUUCUGAAAACCACACUGACAGUUGAAAGGAAUAGAAUAGCACAAAGUAAUUUUAUUCAGAAAAUAGUUUUUGUUUUUUUUGAACAAACUCUUUGAGGUGAGACAAAUAGCACAACUUGUGGGCUUUGUUGUUUUGCAUCCUAAUAGACAAUGCGGUUUUUCUAAGCAUUUUAAUGUGUGGUUUGAAUACUCUGUGUGUGUUUGUGCACCCGCGUAUAUAGGGGCUGAAAGAAAAGACACUACUAAUUAGGUUUUAAAAUAAGCUUCCCCCCUUCCCCCUCUUAUGUUUUCUAGCACUUGUGCCCUCUGACCAGAACAUGGUUUCUUUUGAUAUUGACAGAUACGAGGCUUGAGCAAUCAUGAGGAAAGGGGGGGGUUCCGUUGUGUUUCCUCCUUUGACCUCUUAGUUAGCCUGUAGGAAAGAGGGAGACAAAAAAUGUCAGGAGCAGGGAAGCAAGUAAGUAAGUAGUGGCCAAAAAUUACCAUUCUGAUGCUCUCAGCUUCACUCUGUCUAAUACUUCAAGGACCCAUCUCUUUCAAUGUAACACGGGUGCCUUUCAAGUUACUACUGCUUUGUGCAACCUGAAGUGUUAUGUAUGUUGGGGAAAAAAGACUUUUUUUUUUAACAAACAAGCCAAAGACUUACUUUGGGAGGGUGGGGAGGAGUUAAUGUUAUAUGGCUUUGUCUGUGACUCUCCAGCCCUCUUUGUCCAUGUGCAGUAUUUGUAUUGAUGUGUCUUCUGCUUGCCACUGCUGCUGGGUGUUCUAAGAUCUUCAAGGUGAAGGGAAAUCACUCCAUCUGACCUUUCUCUCUCUGACUGGUGCCUUUUCAGCAGAGAGAGGAAAACACCAGUCUCAUGCUAACUUGCCCAUGUGACCUGGUAUGUGGUUCAUAGGAAUGACUAAAACGCACCAGCAGCAAUGUUGCCUUCAUUUUCAUAAAAGAGUAGCACAUAUUCUUUUAAGAAUUUCCCCCCCUUUCUGGGUUUGUUUUUUUUGGCCAUAGAUCAAGAAGCAACAAAAAACAAUAUUUUUGUUCUAAGCAAUGACAAGCACUUUACUUCUAGAAUACCCUUCCCCUUGCUAUAGAAAAUGCUUUGAAGUAGGAAAAGGUCAUUUUCAGCAUUUCAGGGUUUGUGUCUGUCCCCUCCACCCCUGUAGUAUUCUUGACAGUACUGUUUUGCAGACUGCAAUGCAAUAGAUUAUUUAAAGACACUAUGUGACUGGUUUAAUUAAGAUGUAUAGUUUUUAUUUUUUAUCAUGACUGAAGAUCAUUUUAUUUCUUAUGUUAAAAUGAGAGAUGUACACCAAAAUGAUUAGUUGUGUUUUAUUUAAUAUUUAAAUAAAAAAAGUUGUUUUAAAAUAAA